UAUUAAUAUCUAUUUUCUUGUACAUAAUAAAAUUAAUAAAUUAGUGUUAGAUACCAAUUAAUAGAUCUAAUAUUCCACAACUACCUCUGCUCUGCCUGUUGUUAUAUCGUCGUUAAACAAUAUAGUUUGCAUUUAUACACUUCAUAAUAUUUAUUAAUAGAAAAAUGGAGUAACUGAGUUGCCGUAAAACAUGUUUCGAUCCGAAGCUUAUCGGAUUAAUGUGGAGAAAACAAAUUCAUCACAUGUAUAUUACAAUUGUGAUAUGUGUGACGAUGGUGGUUGGUGCAGUGAGACCGAGUUGGAAAUACAUCGUAACUCCAUGCAUCCAGACUUACUGUGCGAAUUGCUGAAUAAUAGGAACAAAAUUGUUUGUUAUACAUGCAAAAGAGAGCAGCCCGACCGCAAAACGUUGCUCGAGCACAUCAAAGUGGAACAUUUAUUAAGCUCCAAGAAUGCUACGCGAGUCGAGCGUCAAAUUUACGUCUGCGACUACUGUUCUUACAUCUUCUUUAAUAAGCUCCUAUUAGCAGCUCAUAUACAGAAGAAACACUAUCCAAAGUCAAGAAAAACAUGCAUACAAUGUCCGAAAUGCCUCAAAACAACCAGACCUACGUUAGCAUACGGACAUUUCGAGUUGCACCAAUUCAAAAGCAUAACACUCUGUCCGAUAUGUCUAGACAAGUGUACCAGUAGACAGGACUUGUUGGAGCAUCUAAAAAUGCACACAAAGUAUUACCACUGCAACAUGUGUGCUUAUGAGACAAAGAAGGAGACUAACUACCUCUCUCACUUGCUCACACAUAAGAAAUUCCAGAGUCAGUACACAGGUGAUUUCACUAAGUAUUAUAUACCAGUUAAAGGUGUCAUGAAGAAGAAAUUCCAUUCUCCAUACGUUAUUAAUGGAUUGCCAUUGUGGAAUAAUCUGUAUAUAUGCAUCUUGUGUAGGGAGAUAUGUACAACUCGGAAUAAAAUGCAAUUGCAUAUAACAGAGCAUGAGAUGCCGAAAGUAAUGCAAAUAAAAAGACAUAUGUGUUCAUGUGGUGAGGAGUUCUUCAAUAAUGUCCUUCUAAAACAUCACAUCUUCAAGUUGAAGGGGAAUCAUAACACAUUAGAAGUGAAAUACGACGAUAAUGCACCAAGUAUAUCACAAGAAAUGUACAUAGUACAAGAAUAAUAGUAAAUAAUUAGAACAAUAUGGCGGCAGAGCGGGGCCUCGAGGUCCCUAGCUGAAUACGCAGUCAGCAGUCACAAUGUAAUAUUUAUGUAAUUACUAAUAAACCUGUUUAAUCAAUUUAAGAAACAAUAUGAAGCUAUUCUCAACUGUUCGGCUGGCUCAUCCGUCAUACUCGUGAACGGGUGCUGCUUGUAUAGACUGGUCUGCUCUAAUCUCUAUGACUGACUUCCUCUUAUUAAUUGUUUAACCAUUUGGUUGUAUAUUUAGUAUUUUUUCUAUUUGAGUAUUUAAUUGAAUUAGUGCUAAUUGG